AUUGAAUCAUCGGGAGGCCGUCAUCAAGUAGCGGAAUAGAUAAAGUGAACCAAUAUUUUUGUUAAUUAAUCCGCAAGUGUAGUGUUAAACGUAAAAAAUGUCGCGGCCGGAUAGACCUAACCAGGCGCAAACGUACAAGCUGGUCGUGGUCGGCGGCGGUGGUGUAGGAAAAAGUGCCAUCACGAUACAAUUUAUUCAGAGUUACUUUGUAACAGACUAUGACCCGACCAUCGAGGACAGCUACACUAAGCAGUGUGUCAUUGAUGAUGUACCAGCUAAGUUGGACAUUCUAGAUACUGCGGGUCAAGAAGAGUUCAGUGCUAUGCGGGAACAGUACAUGCGUUCCGGAGAAGGUUUCCUGUUGGUCUUCUCGGUGGCGGACCAUGCCAGUUUUGAUGAGCUGUGUAAAUUCCACAAGCAGAUCCUGCGCGUUAAGGACCGGGAUGAAUUCCCAAUGCUCAUGGUCGGGAAUAAAGCUGACUUGGAACAUCAGAGAGUGGUAUCGUUAGAUGAAGCUCACGCGUUGUCGCGGCAGCUUAAAGUUCCGUACAUAGAGUGCAGUGCCAAAGCUCGCAUGAAUGUAGACCAAGCUUUCCAUGAACUGGUGAGACUGGUCCGUCGCUUCCAAGAAACUGAACGGAUCAAUAUGAAACCCAACCAAAAGAGCAACAAAAAGAGGAACUGUAAUAUCUUGUAACAAACUUGUCUAUGGAUUUUUUUGUUGUUCCAAGUUUCAACAGGAUUUUUUAAUACUUGUAUUGGAAUAAUUGAGGAUAAAAUGGUGUCGAAAUUUUUUGUUUCGCCGUAGCGUGGUUUUAAGAUUUUUUUAUUUAUUUUUCUAUUUAUUUUCGAUGUAUAUAUUUUACGAUAUUGUAGAGUUUUGUAAGAAUGUUUUAGGUUUUGUUGUGUAACAUUAUUACAUGUUAUAUACAGUGUAAAUGUAAUCAGGGUACAGAUAAUGUUCUUAUACAAGUUGGUAUAAUUCUGUUGUCUAUGGUACCCAGUGUUGCUAUACUUAAGAGCUCUGACGCUUUUUUUUUCUAUAUGUAUAAUGGUAAAUUUUGAAAAAGCAUUGCAGUUUUUUAAUCGUUUUUUAUUCAAUUUGAGAAACAUUACACUCAAUUUAAGAUACAUUUUAUAAUAACCACUUUUUUAAGUGUGCUAAAAAUUGAAACUGCCAAUAAACGGAAAGGGCGCCAAAUAAAAUGGGCAGCUCCGGCACGACAUAAUUUAUUUAACUAAAUGCAUGUAAACCAAAUACUAAUUCGUAAAAAUAACAUCAUUAUUCUUAUGUUUGUUAAUAUUUAGUUAAGUUGUAUUUUAUUAAAUAAAAAGAAUAUUGACUUGCAAAAACAUCGAUUAUUAAAUAAUAACCUAAAAAACUUUCCUCAUUGAAAGAGGCAUGAAUAAAAAAAAAAACAUUUUUUGCUUUUGAAAAUACUAGUUUGGGAUUAACUCAAUAUUCUAUUUAUUUGAUUUUUAAUUAUAAGCUUUGUAAUAAUUUAAACGCUACGCAAAUUAAGAAAAAUGUCAGAAAGGUGAAGGAAAAAGAUAUCCAGUAAUUUUAUAGAAAUUGAAAUAUCAAUGCAGGAGAAAUAGACGUGAAAGAUUUUUUGAAAAAUAAAAAACGUAAUUUUUUUUUAAUUUGCGUAAAAAACUAAUAAGUCAUGCGUAAUUUAAUUUAAAAAGAGAUAUAAACUAUAUUUUUAUAUUAUAUUAUUGGUUUUUUAGGCAUUUUUUGCUCGAGCAAUAUUAGUUGUGCGCGAUUUUUAUAAGAUUUUACAAUGAUUUUUUGUAAUAACAAUAUUUUAGCUUGUAGUGCAAAUAAUCCUGUUAUCAUAUUAAAUAGUUUUUUUUUUAAAAACAAGUACAGUCUCAAUGCAAGAGAAAAUUUUCUCCCCGAUGUAGUAACUUUUGUCUACUAAAAUACACUAGCUGUUGCUCGCGAUUUCGUCUGCGUAAUAUUAAAAAAUAAAAAAAAACAUAUAUGUUACUCAGUG